AUGACAACGUCGGCAUCCACUGCAUAUAGCGAGGCUCAGGCUGCCAAAGCCGUCGCUGCCCUCAAAGCCCAUCUCGCGACAAAGAAAACAGCUGCUCCAAAAGCCGCUUUAUUCGAUGACGCCGACGAAUCCGACCUAGAGGAUGGCACCGUCGGAGUCGCCGACCCGGAUCUUGCUCUGUGGUUGAUUGUUACAGCGAAGAAAUUCUUCACUCAAGAUAAGAAGACUAAGCAGGAGCGAAUUGUCCUUCCAAACCCUUACCUCACUUCUCCAUCUCCUACAUUUACAGUUUGUUUGAUCACUAAAGAUCCAUCGACCUACUACCGCUCCCUUGUCUCACACCUUCCAUACCACCCCUCCUCCCUCACCAUAAUCGCUCCUUCCAAGUUAAAAACCAACUACAAAACCUUCGAAUCUCGCAGACAACUCGAGCGAUCUCAUGAUAUCUUCCUCGCUGAUGAUCGUGUAAUCCCACUCCUCCCUUCCUUGCUCGGAAAAUCCAUCUACCGACGUUCGGCAAAAGUCCCAAUUCCCAUCAAACUUUCUAAAAUUGAGCCACCAGCCAAGGAUGUCGAAGCUCCAAAAUCGAAACAACAAGCCGACGCAGAGAAGUUGCAAAAGGAAAUUGAAAAGGCUAUAAAAGCUACUUACUUCGUUCUUGCUGCUUCAGCUUCUCAGACUAUCAAGGUUGGAAUUAGGGCUCAAUCGCCAGAAGAGGUUGCACAGAAUGUUACAACCGUUAUGACACAUUUGACUACCAACGUCUUGAAAUCUGGGUGGAAUGGUAUUAGGGCUGUUCAUUUGAAGGCUGCAGAGACUGUUGCGCUUCCAGUAUACUUAACUGAGCGUAUAUAUGACGAUGAAGAUGUGUUGACCGAGGAGGAGAUCAAGCGUAUUGCACACUUGAAAACUAAGGAGGGUAGGGAAGAAAGAAAUAAGGAGUUGAAGGAGAAGAAGUCUGAGAAUAAGAAGGGUAGGGAUGAGAGACAGAAGACCAAGAGGAAUUGGGAUAGUGACGCAGAGGAUGGGGAGGACCAGUAUUUUGUCAGGAAAAUUAAGCCUGCCGGAGAGGAGAAGAACAAGAAGAGAAAGGCUGAUGGUGAAGUCGAGGCGCCAGGAAGUGCGAAGAAAUCGAAAGUUGAUGAGAAAGCCGCUACAGCUGAAAAGGAUGAUAGCGACAAUGCUGAAGAGGAAGAUGGAGGAGUCAAGCUACCUAAAACCGUCGACCUAUCGGAACAAGCCAAAAAAUUGAAAAUUGGAGACAAGAGGAUUGCACCACCAGCACUAGCCCUAAAAGAAAAGAAGGACAAAAAGGAAACUAAAUCAAAGCCUGACAGUGGUAAAGUUGGGAUUAGAGAGCAAUUGAAGAGGAAGGCGAAAACGAAUGCUGCUGCUACUGCUGCUGCGGCAAAGGGGAAAAAGACGAAGGCGUACCAGUGA